GUCAUGGAGGAAUGGCAUGCUGUGUUACAUUCUGAAAUAAAGAAAUGUGGUGAGGUACUCCAACACCACCAAUGUCACUCUGUCUGUCACAAGUACGGCAACACUGGGCGGUGUCAUUUUUUGUUUCCACAUGAGAUAGUGGACAUGUCCCAUUUCGAUGCUGAGACGAGCUCUGUGGUGCUCAUGUGCAAAGAUGGCACUGUCAACUAUUUCAACCCUUACAUCCUUGUCUUCUGCCAUCAUAACCAUGACAUUAAAUGUGUUUUGUCUGGUAAAGGUGCCAAGGCCGCUAUGUUCUACAUUUCUGACUACAUCACAAAAAUGGACGUGAAAACAUACAAAGUAUUAUCUUUACUU